AUGCAUCCUCCCCCCGCCGCCGCUGCCGCCUCCGCCGGAGCGGACUACGUCCCGGCGCCCGCUCCCUCGGAGCAGGCGACGUACCCGAGGCUCUCGCCGGAGGACCUGGCCCCGCCGCCCCCUCCCCCGUACCACGCCGCCGCGUCCUACUCCGCGCCGCCCGCCUCCGGCAACCCCUACGUCUCCGGCCCCGCCGCCGGCUCCGUGCCGCCUCCCAAGAACACCAUGGACUCGGUGAAGGACGUGCUGGGGAAGAUGGGCAAGAGGUUCGGCGAGGCCGCCCGCAAGACGGAGAACACCGCCGGCAACUUCUGGCAGCACCUGAAAACUGGACCAAGUAUUGCUGAUGCAGCAAUGGGCAGGGUCUCCCAGAUCACCAAAGUCAUAGCAGAAGGUGGAUAUGAGAAAAUCUUCCAUCAAACGUUUGAUGUCCUCCCUGAAGAAAAACUCAAGAAGCCAUUCGCAUGUUAUCUGUCAACCUCUGCUGGUCCUGUUAUGGGUGUGCUCUACCUGUCCAAUGUAAAGUUGGCCUUCUGUAGUGAUAACCCACUUGCCUACAAGGUUGGGGACAAAAAUGAGUGGAGCUAUUACAAGGUUGCCAUCCCGCUAGCCCAGCUGAGGUCCGUUAAUCCUUCAACGAGCAGAACAAACGCAGCUGAGAAAUACAUCCAGGUGGUCUCGAUUGAUAAUCACGAGUUUUGGUUCAUGGGCUUUGUGUACUAUGACAGUGCUGUAAAGCACCUGCAGGAAGCACUCCAGGAGGCCCGUAUUUUGCAAGCUUAG